GCCUGCAGGGCCCGAGGAAGCUGCAGAGGCGCAGCCGGACUUAAAAGUCGCCGCUGUGGCGCUUGAGGAUGAGGAAGCGCCUCCGAUUGCGGAGGAGGAAACAGCCGAACCUGUGAAGGCCAAGCCAACCAAAUCUUCCCUCUGCAAGCUCUUCUCACAGAUGGAUGCGGUGGAGGCCUUGGUGUUGGUUGUGGGCACGCUAUGUGCAAUGGCCCACGGGGUAGCGCAACCGCUCAUGAUUGUCAUCUUUGGCGAUCUCAUCGAUGCACUGGGCGGAACUCCUGAAGAGGUCCAGCGUGAGACGGAACGGCUGUCUCUGAUUAUGUGUGCUGUGGGUGGCGGAGCUUUGGUGGCAGCGACGCUUCAGGGGGCAUGCUUCAAGAUCUUCUCUGACUCGCAGACCAUGAAGUUCCGGAUUAUGUAUUUCCAAGACAUCCUGCACCAGGAUGUCGGUUGGUUCGAUACCAAGGAAGUCUCGGCAUUGUCGGCUGAGAUCCAGGACGACCUGUCCAAGAUCCAAGAUGCCUUCGGUGACAAGUUUGGCAACGGUGUGAUGGCCUUGUCGGCCUUCCUUGGAGGUUUUGUUUGCGCCUUUGGCCUCGGCUGGCUGCUUGCGCUCAUCCUCUCCGCCGUGCUGCCUUUCAUGGCCAUGGGAACGUACUUCGUCGGCCAGGCUGUUGCCGAGGUGCAGAUGGAGUCUCAGGGCUGGUACGCUAAGGCCGCCAGCGUGGUGGAGGAGUGCCUGUACGGCAUGCGCACGGUGGUGGCCUUCGGCAGCGAGCAGAAGGAGCUUGAGAAGUUCUCCAUUGCGGUCGCUCAGACACGCAGGGGCGGCAUUCGGAAUGGUCUUCGGAUCGGGCUCGGCACGGGAUUCUCCUGGUUCGUGGAGUAUUCAAACUAUGCACUGGCCUUCUUUGCGGGUAUGAACUUUGCUUACCACCGAGAGCUUAAUCCUGCCACUGGCGAGCCCUGGAGAACUGGCGACAUCAUGACCAUCUUCUUCUGCAUUUUCAUCGGCAGCUUCUUUAUGGGCCAGAUCGAUCCAAGCAUCAAGGCCAUUGGUUCUGCUCAAAUGGCUGCAUACCGCUUCUUCAAGGUUCAUGACAACAAGCCGGCCAUUCAGCGACGCGACGCAGAUGAGAGGAAGGAGGUGUCUAGCAUCGAGACCUUUGCCUUCGAGCAAGUGCACUUCUCCUACCCCGCCCGACCGAGUGUCACAGUCCUCGGUGGGGUGACGUUGACCAUCAAUCGUGGCCAGAAGGUGGCCUUCGUGGGUGAGUCCGGAUCUGGGAAAAGCACAAUCAUGGCUCUACUGGAACGCUUUUACGACCCAAGCUCUGGGGUUGUCUAUGUGAACGGAUGGGAUAUGCGAACAUUCAAGAACCCCGAAGCCACCAAGGAGCAGUUUCAACAGGCAUGCGCAGAUGCCCAGCUGACCUUUGUGGAUAGCCUCCCCGAGAAGUACAACACGUUUGUGGGCGCAGGUGGCGGCCAGCUCUCCGGAGGACAGAAGCAGCGGAUUGCCCUCGCCAGGGCGUUGCUGAAGGAGGCCUCUUUCCUCUUCUUGGAUGAGGCGACCAGCGCCCUGGACAACACUUCCGAGAAGAUGAUCCAGCAGACGAUCGACAACAUCAGCAGCACGACACGCAGCCUCGGGAUCGUGAGUAUCGCGCACCGGCUCAGCACCAUCCGCAACUCCGACCUGAUCUACGUCUUAAGCCGAGGCCAGGUCGUAGAGCAGGGCAACCACCAAAGCCUCAUGGAGAAGAAGGGCGUCUACUACGCGCUCGUCGCGGCCCAGGAGUCUUCUCAAAAGGCGGAGGAAGCUGAGGAGCUCGAGCUGCCGAACCAGCCGACCGUGGCCGUUCUCCGACAGAACACUGGCCAGAGCGAUGAGUCGGAGAUGGCUCGGAAGGAGCGCAUGAAGAAGGAAGAAGAGGACAGGGAGAAGCAGAUUACCGACAAGUACAAAGUGCCCAUGUCUCGACUCCUGAGCUACAACAAACCGGAGUGGGCCUUCUUCGUGCCGGCCAUUUUGGGUGCGUUGAUCGAGGGUUCGGCGACUCCCAUUUGCGCCUUGGCGCUGGUGGGGUCCAUGGAUGCCUUCUUCAGGCUGGAGUUCGCGACUGUGCGGGACGAGGCCCGUGACGACAUCGUCUUCCUUUGCUUCGUUUUCCUUAUCAUCGCGGCCUCCGUGCAAAUCGGCAACAUCAUCGAGCAUGGCGGCUUUGCUGUCCUGGCCGAGUCUAUGACCGCGAGGCUGCGGGUGGAUAUCCUCAAAGCCAUCUUCCGCCAGGAGAUUGGUUUCCACGAUGAUCCCGAGAACACUCCGGGCAUGAUGUCCAAAGCCCUGGAGCUCUGGGCUUUCCGUGUGAGCACGCUUUGCAAAUCUAUUGGCGCCAAGGCUGCGGCCAUGAGCUCCGUGCUCGUGGGCGUGAUCAUCGCCUUCGUCUACUGCUGGCAGAUGGCGUUGGUCAUGCUUGGCACCGUGCCCAUUAUGAUCGCUGCAAAUGCCGUGCAGAUGCUGGUCAUGCUCGGAGCCUCCAAAGUAGACAACGAGGGAAUCAAGCAUGCCGCCCAGAUCGUCAGCGACUCGGUCAUGAAUGCUCGCACCGUCCAGGCCCUCGGCGUGGAACAAAGCCUCGUGCAGAUGUACACCUCUCUGGUCGGCAAGUCCACGAAGGGCAUGUGGACCCGGAAUUUCCUUGCCGGUCUCGGCUUCGGCGUUGCCUCUGGCGUGAUGUUCUUCGUUAUCGCCGGCGGUUUCUACUAUGCCUCCGUCCUGAGGAGGGAAGGCGUGGCCAGCUUCAACGACACCAUGAUGGCCUUCAUGGGCAUCUUCUACGCAGGGUUGGGUGCCGGACAGGCUGCUGUGUUCAUGGGCGAUGCGGCAAAGGCGAAGGUAGCUUGCCACGACAUGUUCAAGCUGCUGGACCGCGUCUCCAAGAUCGACGGCCUGGAACCCAAGGGCGAAAUUCCGAGCAAGCUGGAUGCCGGAACCAUCGAGUUCGAAGCCGUGAAGUUCUUUUACCCCUUCCGACCAGAGGUCCAGGUUCUCAAGGGGGUGAACUUCAAGAUCUUGGCAGGUCAGUCUGUCGGCUUGGUCGGCCCUUCUGGUGGCGGCAAGAGCACAGUCAUGUCGCUGAUCCAGCGGUUCUACGACCCGCAAGAGGGAGCCGUCUACGUUGGCGAGGCGCGAAAGCCCCUUCACGAGCUGAACAUCCGCUGGUGGCGCCGGCAGAUCGGCUUUGUCGGGCAGGAGCCUGUGUUGUUCAACACCACCGUGCGGAACAACGUCUUGUACGGCCUGGAAGAAGGUGAGACCGUGACGGAGGAGUAUAUCAAGAAGUGUGAGGAAAUGUGCAACUUGAAGUUCCUCUACAAGUCCGGGAAUCGCGGCUUGGCGACAGAAGUCGGACCGCGAGGAGGACGGCUGUCUGGAGGCCAGAAACAGCGAGUGGCCAUCUGCCGCGCACUAAUCCGCAAUCCUGCGGUGAUGCUCCUGGAUGAGGCCACCAGUGCUCUGGACUCUCAGAGUGAACAGAUCGUUCAGAAAGCACUGGAGGCCGCUCGUGACGGGCGCACGUCCUUCGCCAUUGCCCACCGACUUUCGACGAUCUCCGGCUGUGACGUCAUCCUGGUCAAUGCUGAUGGUCGUGUUGUUGAGUCGGGCACACAUGACGAGCUCAUGGCGCACAAGGGAGUCUACUAUAAGCUGCAGAUGCAGUCAAGGAAGUAG